AUGCCCUCCUCCCUCAACUCGGGACCUUUCCUCUCCCUCCGCCCCGACCACGACUGCGGACGUUCCAAAGUCUCCUCGCCAAAGAGCUUCUCCUCUCUCAGCGGCACCGCAACUCCCACCACCAACGGUAACAGCAAUGGCUACUCACACACCAAUGGCCACGGCAGCCCGAACUCGCACACCAACGGCAACGGCCACUCCCUCCACAACGACGAGUUCCUCCGUCUCGACGCUCCUCAACAAGACCUGCUUCUCCUGCACGGUCCGCGACAAAAGUACAAGUUGGAGAAGAGCAAGGACAUUCCCGAGCUGCAAGGCGAAAGGGAGAUUCUCGUACAAGUUCUUGCCAUUGGCUUGAACCCAGUCGACUGGAAAGGUGCAGACUACGGCUUCUCCCAGCCCAGCUACCCAUGGGUCAAUGGCCGAGACUUUGCAGGAAUCGUCGUCCGCACAGCUCGCACAGACUCUCACAUCAAGCAAGGAGAUGUGGUGUUCGGUCCAUCCACCGACUACAGAGAUGUGCGCAAAGCGGCAUACCAAGAAUAUGUCGUCACCACAGACUACAAUGUCUCACGGAUACCUCAAGGCGUGGAUGUCAAGGAGGGUGCGGCGUUGGGUGUGGCUUGGGUUGCGGCGGUUGUCAGCUUGGGAAUCAGCUUCGGCGUCGACUUUUCAUCACUGAGAAAUGCUCCUCAAGGACCAGAUCUCGUCCAACUUGUGCGAGGUCUCGACCCAAGAGAAGUGCCCGAGGACAUCAGAGAUGAGAUCUUCUCGGGUAUCCCCACCUCGGAGCGCCCUCAACCUGGCGAGUGGAUUGCGAUUUGGGGAGCCAACAGCAUGACCGGGCAGGUUGCUCUCCAACUCGCCAAGCACGCUGGAUUGAAGGUCGCCUGCAUUGCGGACAUUGCCCGCGGUGGCACUCGUCUUUCAGAGCUCGGCGCUGACUUCAUGGUCGACAAGUACGACGACAAGCGUGCUGUUGACAUCCUCAAGGCGGUCACUGGAGGCAAGCUCCGAUUCGGCUUCGACUGCAACGGCAAGGAAUCCGCCACAUCCCUUCAAGACGCUCUCUCUCAAAGCGAUUCCGGUUUGAAGUCCCACUUGUUGGGUCUUGCCGGUCUGCCCAAAUCUGUCGGCAGAGGAGUUGUCCAUCACAAAGUUCCCAUCAAGAUCUUCCACGAAGCUCCUUCGGUCGGAGAAGCCAUUUCUCUUUGGCUGGAGAAACUUCUUGUGGAAAAGAGCCUCAGACUGCCCGAGGUUGAAGUUGCUCAAGGCGGUCUUGCAGGAAUCAACGACGCUCUCGACCGCAUGCGCACUGGCACCAUUGGCGGUAAGCGCAUCGUGGUGGCCGUUGGUAACGAAUCCAAGGACUCCACUCCUUCUCCCUCCAAUGGCGUCGUUCCAAACGGUAUUGCAUCCAAGUCUUUCGAUCACACUUCCGCCGACUUCUCCUACGCCGACUCGCUCAACUCCGACCCCGAUCGUGUGCGAUUCGCAUACUGGGUUCCCAACGUGAGUGGAGGGCUGGUCAUUUCCAAGAUCGCACAGCGCACAUAUUGGGAUCAUAAAUCAAACAUCAAAUACGCACAAACUGCUGAGCGGGUGGGCUUUGAGUUCGCCCUCUCUCAGAUUCGCUUCAUGGCGGGCUACGGAGCAGACAACCAGCAUGAGCCUCUCACUCUCUCCCAGGCCCUACUCAUGAAGACCGAAAGACUGAAGCUGAUCGUGGCACUUCUACCGGGGCCAUGGAACCCAGCCAUCGCAGCCAAAGCCUGCGCAUCCCUCGAUAUCAUCYCCGACGGCCGUGUCGCCGUCAACGUCGUCUCUGGCUGGUUCAAGCUCGAAUUCACAAGCAUCGGCCAAUGGUGGCUCGAUCACGCCGAACGAUACCGCAGAUCCAAGGAAUUCAUCCAAUGUCUCAAGGGAAUCUGGACACAAGACUCCUUCACCUUCAAGGGAGAUUUCUACCAAUUCCACGAUUACCCUCUCAAGCCUAAGCCUCUCAACCUCCCCGGCCGUCCAUACCCCGAGAUCUUCCAAGGAGGCAACUCCGACGACGCAAAGGAGAACGCCGGUAGUGCUUCAGACUACUACUUCAUGAACGGCAACACUCUUGAAGGCUUCCGCGCUCAAAUCCACGACGUGAAAGACCGCGCCAAGAAGAACAACCGUGAGGGAGAAGUCGGCUUCGCACUCAACGCUUUUGUCAUCUGCAGAGAAACCGAAGAGGAAGCUCUCCGCGUCUUGGCGGAAAUUCAAGGCAAAGCCAACCAUGAAGCCGUCGAAGGUUUCCGCCAACAAGUCGCCAACGCAGGCUCUUCGACGAAGAACAAGAGCGGCAUGUGGGCGAACUCAUCAAUGGAGGAUCUAGUGCAAUACAAUGAUGGUUUCAAAACCAAGUUAAUUGGUACGAAAGAGCAGAUCGCGGAGCGAAUCGUCAUGUUGAAGAGUCUGGGAGUGAAUAUCAUCCUAACGGCUUUCUUGCAUUAUGAAGAGGAAGUGGAGGCUUUUGGACGGGAGGUCUUGCCGCUUGUACGGGAGUUGGAAAGGCAGGGACGAGGGAAAGAUGAGGAGGAUGAGGUUCGAAGGACGGGAUGGAUUUACGAGGCUAAAAAGUGA